GGAAGUGUCUUCCUGGUCCUGAGGCCUCCACACUGAUCAGCAGUGUUCCACUCAGAUGGCGAGUGGACAGCUGUCGAGGGCGGAGGCGUUGGCGUGCUCCGGCUGCUUGCAUGCGUGUCACGUAUUGCUCUACUCUGACACACCACGUCAGCUGUUUGGGAAAAUUCCCAUUAGACAUAUCAUACUGAUGCAGAUGCGCUUUGAUGGUCUGCUAGGUUUCCCCGGAGGGCUGGUUAACCCCGCGGAGGAGACCCUGGAGGCAGGCCUUACCAGGGAGUUGUCGGAGGAGCUGGGCGUGGCUCUUCCUAUAUCGGUGGAAGACCAUGUGGACUCUUGCCAUGCUCCUGCUUCAUCCCCCUCCUCAUCGCCGUCCUCUCGUCUUAUCACUCACUUCUAUGUGAAGAAGAUGGAGGAGGAGCAGAUUAUAGAGGUGGAGAGAGCAGCUACCUCCACAGCUACAGAUCAUGGACAUGAGGUUCUGGGAAUGGUCAGAGUCCCGCUCUAUACCAUGAAACGUGGCGGAGGCCUCGGGCCUUUCUUGUCGCAUUCGUUCAUCGGCAGCGCUCGCACCCAGCUCAUUGACUCUCUGCUGCGCCUCAACCUGGUCGCCCCUGAGGAGUUGCACGAAGCCCUCACCCGCUCUCUGGAGACACACUCGCACACAGCAGAGGAUCUGAAAGCGACCCUUGAGCUGCCAGCGGUGAAGAGAAAACAGCUUUGAAAACCACCCGCACAUGCAACAAAACCGCUUCUCUCGCGAACUUGUAUUUUCAGUUUUGGCUAUCAGCAAUGCUUCACUCACACACUUUAACGCAAACACACACACACACAUACACACACACACAAACACUCAGACUCAAACUGAUUCUGAGCUGGUGACUCAUAAUUGCCUGCUGUGCAUCAAACACUUUGGGGAAACAUUAUCAUGAAUCCUUUUAACAUGAAUGGAAAUAAAACAUUUCAGGGUGAAUGUAA